AUGGCUGAGGCUGCAGCUGCGACCACCACUAAUCCUAACGCCGAAAUUGUGCGAGGACAAGUGUUUGAAGUUGGUCCAAGAUAUAAGAACCUGCAGUACAUUGGCGAGGGGGCUUAUGGCAUGGUUGUGUCCGCCUACGACACCAUGAAACAAGCAAAGGUGGCCAUCAAGAAAAUAUCCCCCUUCGAACACCAGACGUACUGCCAGAGGACUCUUAGAGAAAUCAAAAUCCUCACCAGGUUUAAACAUGAAAAUAUAAUUGACAUUCGGGAUAUUCUUAGAGCAGAGACAAUUGAACAGAUGAAAGAUGUCUACAUCGUCCAGUGUCUUAUGGAGACGGACUUGUACAAAUUAUUAAAAACACAGAAACUAAGCAACGACCACAUCUGCUACUUCCUGUACCAAAUCCUGCGAGGGCUGAAGUAUAUCCACUCGGCGAACGUGCUUCACAGGGAUCUCAAGCCGUCAAACCUCUUGCUUAACACGACUUGUGAUUUAAAGAUUUGCGACUUUGGCUUGGCGCGAGUGGCCGAUCCCGACCAUGACCACACCGGCUUCUUGACGGAGUACGUCGCGACGCGCUGGUACCGCGCUCCGGAGAUCAUGCUUAACUCUAAGGGGUACACAAAAUCGAUAGACAUCUGGUCGGUGGGGUGCAUUCUUGCUGAGAUGCUGUCGAACCGACCCAUCUUCCCUGGGAAACACUACUUGGACCAACUGAACCAUAUCCUCGGUGUUCUAGGCUCGCCAAGCCAGGAGGAUUUGGACUGCAUCAUUAACGAAAAGGCGCGAGGUUACCUGGAGUCGUUGCCGUACAAGCCCCGUGUACCGUGGGUCCAGCUGUUCCCCAACGCGGAGCCCCGUGCCCUCGACCUGUUGGACAAAAUGCUCACCUUCAACCCGCACAAGCGUAUUACCGUGGAAGAUGCGCUUGCGCACCCCUACCUGGAACAAUACUACGAUCCACACGAUGAGCCAGUCGCAGAGGAGCCAUUCAGGUUCACCAUGGAGCUGGACGACCUACCAAAGGAAACCCUCAAGAGCCUCAUCUUUGAAGAGACCCUGCUCUUCUACCAGACACAAAACUCGUAA